AUGAUGCACGCCGGCGCACCUCUCCACCGAGACGAUGCAGUUGAUCUCCGUCACGGCCGCCGCCCUCAAAUCAAAUGUGCAAUGUUUGUUUUCUACAGAACAUUGAUGCUUGCUACAGGAACAACCAUACGGAAACAAUUACUUGUGCCUCUUUUUGCUCUACAAGCACCUUCUAGUGUCGUCUUAUGGAUGAGGGAUGAUUACGGUCGGUGGACUGCUUUUCUUGGUCUUCUUCUGCGUUUGCUGUACCUCAUUCCAGGUGAACUGGAACUUCCUUUAUCAACAGUGCUGCUUGUUACAAGCGCUCCUUACCAAUUUAUUAUGAACUUGAGGAAGUCUCAAGGUGCAGCAAUACUGUCCGCGGCAAUAGCGGGUUAUCUCAUGUUCCAACAUUUCACCAGGGUGAGAUGCUUCAGGAAGGCCUUUGACCAUGAAUCGAUAAUUGCCACGUCUAGCAUCAUCUGCAUGACAGUUACCAGCCUUAUGUUGGUGUUCUGA